AUGGAUGGGUUGUCCAAACCAGGAGCUGAGGAUGUGGUCCAUGGGCGGUCGCAGCCCUCUGGCAAUAUCGAGACCGAGCAGCCGUAUACUAAAUAUCCUGACACCCCAGAGCCACAGCACCAACAGCAUCAGCAGGUAAUAUCGCAGUCCAACAACAGCCAUAGCCCCCAGCUAGCCAGCGGUACCGGCAGCAGCGCGCAUAACGGUGGUAGUAGUGGUAGAUAUGCCAUGUCGCAGAUAAAUCGUGACGUUGUACCCGGCGGCCUUCAACCGUCUCCCAGAGAUCCCCGGUCCACAAUCUUGUCCAGACGCUCGCCGUCUGCCGCGUCCAUGUCACCCCCAGCGUCUGUCUUGUCGCAGGAGCGCCAGAAUGAACGCCUCUCAUCCGUUGAACCGCGGUCUCUACCGUCGCGUGAUAUCACCGAUACCAACUUCGAUGAUGCGUACGUUGAAUUCAUCAUGUACUGCAAUCCAACUAUACCAAGCUCGUCCAGCACUGCGGAGCUUCGUCGUAUGUUCAGGUCGCCCCCUCGCAGUGAAGGGAAGAAUUUUUGCACGUAUACGCUAUGGGAGUUGAUACAGAAGCUUGACCGCAAGGAAUUGAAGACCUGGAUUCAGCUAGCCAUAGAGCUUGGAGUAGAACCGCCAUCCGUGGAGAAGAAGCAGAGUACGCAAAAGGUUCAACAGUAUGCCGUACGCUUAAAGCGCUGGAUGCGUGCAAUGCACAUAGAUGCCUUUUUUGAAUUCUGCCUAGGACACCAACAUCCUUACUACACAAAGGUGCAUUUACUGACUGAACAAGAGGAGGAGUGUCGUGAUGGUGUACCGAGAGAGGAAGAUCUGGCCUUGCGGGCUCUUGUGCCAGAAUGGAAGCCCAAACGAGGUCGCAAAAGGGUUGACGAAGUUGGCGCUGAUCCCAAACAACAGAAAAGAUCUCGUCUAUAUACACCGAACUCCGUGGUAGAGGGCGGAUAUAACACCGACGAGACGCCUCAGAGCUCUAUGCCUUGGAGCGCCUACCCUGAUUCUGCUGAACAUCCGCCUGGCAGCUGGCCGACAGGUCCAACAGCACAUCUGGACAGCGCAAAGAACUCACACCGCAUGGCAACUCCAGAAAGGCCGAUAGACAGCCAAGCGGUCACCUCACGAUGGAGCUUCCCCAUACAUAGAUCGCCGCCUUUUCAAUACCCACACCCGUCCGCCGGAAAGACUAGAGGCCGUCCUAUGCAGGUAGCAGGAGCUGACGCACCACCCUCGUCUCUCUCAACAACUGUUAUUAUUGACCCCGAUACUCGUCCCGAUGAUUCUAUACCCACUGAAGCCACCAACCCUACGCCACCUAACAACAAUGAGACAGCUGCGGGUGCUGGUGCUGCCCAAUCUCCCCGAGAUUAUGCUCCAUCCAGACCUACCAAGUUACAUCUCCAAGUCCCAAAAUCUACUGGCACGCCCAUUCGUCUCGCAACUCCACCCUUGCUAUUAGUUAACGGCCAGAAUGGCUCUGCUGGAAACGAAGAUGCAGCCCGUAACCUUGCCAGAGAUGUUCUUCCAAGUGCCAGUGAGGUGUCCGCUCCCUUCGGCCUAACGCUUGAACAAGUUGACAACGCUCUAUCUCUGGAAAUACAGGGUGCUACCCUAUUCGGAAGAACAACGCCUCUCAGUGUUGCUGAAUCCCGAGCCAUUGCCCACUCAACCAUCCAGCAAGUUAGAUCCCAAUGCCAUCCCGACACCCCUCCAACCGUUGUCGCUAGCUACUGCGCCUUCUCACUCGGUCUCGGUCAUAGGCUUGGCCUAACCUGCAAGGCUCCAGAUCAAAUGAAGAUUAGAAUCGAGCCGGGAAUAUCUGACAACCGGAUUCGCGUGCAUUGCCCACCUGAUGAUCCCACGAAAAAUAGUCCAACCCCCACCCUUUCCAUCAGUUAUACACUUUCUUAUGACUUUUCUCCUACCCCUGGUGCAAUGUCCCAGGUAUCAAUACGGGGCAGCGCUCCUUUGCAAAUGACGCUGGGUGACGACAGAACAGCUCGAUAUGCUCAUCAUAGACAUGCGGAACAGCGUGCAACUAUUGGACUUGAAGAAGGCUUAUCUGAUGAGGAGGAUAACAUCGAGUUUGGCAUGACUGCAAGGGACUGGAAACAGCGAUACUUACUUCUACGGCAACAGACCAAAAAGAAAGACGCCGCCCUUUUGAAGUAUAAGAAACAAAUCCUUGAAGCUGUCAUGACUGAUCCAUGA